AUGAAAAAUGGAGCAAGUUCUCGGAUCUUGAACGUGAAAGAAGAAUACCUGAGUGCACUGAGAACAAAAUCAUACGCAGACUUCUUCAGCAAAGCACAGUCACUUUUCAACCGCUUCCCUUCAUCGUCUUCUUCAUCUUCAUCGUCUUCUCCCUCCACUAACCACCAUAAACUCUCUGAAAUCCUCCUGGAACCCGGCCAAGACACCAUCCCCACCCUCCUCGAGUCCGCCCUAAUCCUCUCCAAGCUCCCCCAGCUGAAGCUCCUCAUCCUCGACUACUUCGACAUCAGUGCCGAGGCCUCCAAAAUCUGCAGCCACCUACUCGCCACCAUUAAACAAACCCAACACAACCACCGUUUCAUCCAACGAGCCAUCGAUGCAGCUGCCGCCGCCGACCACGACCAGCACCAACUUGUUCUAUCCCAACUCAGAUCCUUCACCAAACUCAGCAACCCAUUUUCCAAUCUCCACAAUAAUGACUACUUCAAACCCAUUCACGAUAAAUACUCCUCGGUUUUGAACCAGCUGAAAGUCUCCAGCAAGAAGGUUACCAAGAGAAUCAAGAUCAUCAAGUGUAUCCACACCGCGUCGGGGGUCGGCAUCACCGCCGCUUGUGGACUCCUCACAAUCGCAGCCAUAUGCGUCGCGGCGCACACACUCACCGCCAUCGUCAUGGGUCCGGCAAUCUUCAGCUUCCCGGCGAAAGUCUUCAAGAAGGCGAAGAACUGCAAGCUCGACUUCCUCAAAAACGAGUUUCUGAGAAAGAUCAGGGAGCAGCUGGACGCGGCGGCUAAGGGGACUUAUAUUCUGAAUAGAGAGUUUGACACGAUGAGCAGGCUGGUGGCUCGGCUGCACGACGAGGUCGAACAUAACAAGAAGAUGAUCGGGUUUUACUUGGAUCAAGAUCGGAUGUUUUCGGUGCACGCGGUGGUGAAGGAGCUGAAGAAGAGUGACGUUAAGUUCAGGAAGCAGAUGAAAGAGCUUGAAGAACACGUUUAUCUGUGUCUUGUCACGAUUAAUCGGGCAAGGUCUCUGGGGAUUAACCAGAUGAUAUCUCCUUCUGCAACUUCUCCAUGUGGAAGAUGA